CGGGCCCGCAGAUCAUCCACUCGGGGCACUUCAUGGUCUCGUCGCCGCACAGCGAGCACCCGCCCAAGAAAGGCUACGACUUCGACACGGUCAACGAGCAAACCUGCCAGACCUACCAGUUCGGGGCGGCCCGCGGCGGCGGUGGCGCCUGCGGCCGCCUCAGCAUCGACGCGUCCCUCACGAAGCUGUUCGAGUGCAUGUCCCUGGCCUACAGCGGAAGGUUGGUUUCACCAAAAUGGAAAAAUUUUAAGGGAUUGAAGCUUCAGUGGAGAGAUAAAAUCCGUCUCAAUAACGCCAUCUGGAGGGCCUGGUACAUGCAGUACCUGGAGAAGCGCAAGAACCCCGUGUGCCACUUUGUGACCCCCCUGGACGGCUCCGUGGAUGUCGAUGAGCACCGGAGGCCAGAGGCCAUUGCAACAGAAGGGAAAUACUGGAAACGAAGAAUUGAAAUAGUCAUUAGGGAGUACCACAAGUGGAGAACAUACUUCAAGAAAAGGUUACAGAAACACAAAGAUGAAGAUCUUUCAAGUUUGGUCAGGGAUGAUGAUGUGGUUCUCCGGCAGGAAAGAAGGUAUGGCAGAGAAACCCCGGUGCCCAUGGAGGAAGGCAGCCUCCUGGAUGCAGACAUGCUCAUGUCCGAGUUCACCGACACGCUCUUCUCCACUCUCUCCUCACAUCAGCUGGUUUCCUGGCCAAAUUCCAGGGACAUAGGACACUUAGGAAAUGCUGACAUGAUUCAACCAGGGCUUAUUCCUCUCCAGCCAAAUUUUGAUUUUAUGGAUACUUUUGAGCCUUUUCAGGAAUUAUUCACACCCAGUCGCUCUAGUAAUUAUUUCCCUUCCGUGUCUGCUGUCAGCUCAGCUACCACAGAAAACAGAAGCCACUCUUCUCAGUCUCCUGUCCUGCCAUCGGGUUCCUUGCCCAGCACGCUUCCAGCAGAGAGCAUCAGUGAUGGACUGAUUCCUUCCUCAGUACCUGCUCCUGUCAUUCCUGACGUCGUAGCUGACCAGUGUUCCAGCAUUAGAAGUGGGGGAUCUUUCAUCCAGCCGGCAGACUUCCCUCCUGACUCGUCUCUCAGCGGGCCACAAACUUUUAUGUCAGUGUUCCAGCCGCCGCUGCCGCUGCUGCAGCCCACGAGUGGCCAGCAGCAAUCCCCGCUGCCCGCGGUGCCGCUGAGCUCCAGCCCGAGCCCCGCCCCCGCCGCCUUCGCUGCUCCCGAAACCGCCAAGUUCCUCUGUGAGUCCUCGGUCAUCACUCACACGGCUUCUGACACGCUGACCCACAACGCCCCUGCCACCACCUUCAGCCAGAGCCAGAGCCAGAGCCUGGUCCUGGCCACGCAGCAGCCGGGGGCAGGAGUGCCUUGUAACCUGGCCUUCCAGACUGCUGUAGUGCAGGGGCAGCAGCCCCGGCCCCAGCUGCAGUCCCAGCUGACAUUUGCACUCCCCAAACCUGUUCCUCUGGCCACUGCUGGGACAAGGCCCAAACAGUCACAAAAAAUAGUGCCUGCUCCGAAGCUUGAAACAGUGUCCUUAUUGGUAAAGAAUGCCUUCAUCACCCCAGGCCGGGAGUGUCAGAAUUCAGGCCAAGCUUCCCCCUGCACCUCUGAGCAGAGCCCCAGCCCACAGUCUCCUCAGAGCAGCUGCUCAGGAAAACCUGCUACUGACCCUACUAUGGCUGCAUUUAAGAAUCGAAGGAUGAAGCAUCUUUCAGAACAAAAACGAAGGUUUAAUAUCAAGAUUGGUUUCAGUGCUCUGAACAGCUUGGUGUCAGCCAACUCCAAGUUGAUCAGCCACGCCAUCACGCUCCAGAAGACAGUGGAAUACAUCGCCAAGCUGCAGCAGGAGAGGGCACAGAUGCAGGAGGAAACCCGGCGCCUCCGGGAGGAAAUCGAGGAGCUGAACGCCACCAUCCUUUCUUGCCAGCAGCAGCUCCCUGCCACAGGGGUUCCUGUAACACGACAAAGGUUUGACCACAUGAAAAAGUUGUUUGAUGAUUAUGUGAGAAGCAGGACCCUGCAGAACUGGAAGUUUUGGAUUUUCAGCAUUAUUAUUAAGCCAUUGUUUGAGUCCUUCAAUGGGAUGGUUUCCACAACAAGCUUUAAGGAUCUGAACGACACUGCACUGGCCUGGUUGGAUCAGCACUGUUCUCUUCCUGUUCUGAGGCCAAUGGUGCUGAACACCCUGUGGCACCUGAGCAGGAGCACCUCGAUCCUGUCGGACCCAUCGCGGCUGCCGGAGCAGGCACGGGAGGCCGUGGCCAAGGUGAACAAGAGAGCUGGGGACACCUAAGGGCCAAAGACACUGAGGUGCUGCUGGUCCCAGGGGUGGAGAACCCGCCAGGCCCUGCCUGCCCAGGCUCCUCCAGUCAGUGCACUUUACAAAGGAUUCUCUCCAUCACCAGAGACAUUGUUCAGGGCACUGGCCCUGCCUUGCUCAGAGGUGCAGGUGAUGCAGCGUUGUCAGAACGUUUGGGUUCCUCUCCAGUGCUGUGCUGUGCUCUUGUCACGUGAGAAAAAAAAACAAACCACCAAGCUCAGGUAAACUUAGCAGGUUUGAGCCCUGCAGGCAGCAAUAGAUCUCCAUCAAUGCAUCCUUAUGCAACUAAUGAAACACCCUCAGUUCUCUGAAGUGUAAAUCCUGUACACCAAGGAAUGUGCUGUUCAAGGGGAAAAAAUACUUCUGAUUUCAUGAAGCAAAAUGUGCUUUUUCUUUUGUUUUCUGGUAUUCAGUUCCAUGUGUUUUACUUGAAUAGUGAAAAUUGUUAAACAGGAUCAUAUGAAAAACCAAAGGAGAAGAAAAAUCUGUCAGUGAUGUCAACUCGUGGCAAAAAUACUAUAAUUAAAUUCUCAGGCUGUGUUUUGUGUAUUUUA